AUGAGUGGUGCAAGAGCAAGAGGAGGAAGAAAAAAAAGAGAAUUCGCAAAGCAGGACUUGUCCGCUACCAUCAGCUCACACACCACACGAGAAGAGGAGAACCGGAUUUCCGGCCGCACGUCGAGGGUCAAGGUUGAAGCAGGCUUGCCUGAGGGUACUCGCGAUCAGAACCUCGCCUUUUCGGUCAUUGUGGACGCUAACGGUGAUAAUGUCUUGACCCUGGUUAUCGUUGCUUCCACAGUCGGUGAGUUGAAUGGUCGUCAAGCUGGCUCGGAAGUCCCCAGAGAGGGUGUCAACGCUCUAACACUUGUCAUCAUAGGGUCUUGGCCAAUGCUGGUAGCAAUAUUCUGGGCCUCCUGA